AUGGCAGACUCUUUGCUGCUUCGGGCUCUCAAAGGGAAGCCAAAACAGAUAACUUUAAGUAGUAAAAAACUUGUCAUGCUUCCUAAACUAAUUGGAAAGAUUGAAUCGGUUGUACAGUUGCAUCUUCAAAACAAUAGGCUGAAAACACUCCCCAAAGAGAUGGAAAACCUGGAUCAACUGCAGGUCUUGAAUCUGGGCAAAAAUGAGUUUGAAGAUCUGCCAGAAGUGAUUCGUUUCUUAACAAGUUUAGAAAGACUUCACCUGUUUGCAAACCGACUUACCAGUUUAAACCCAGAUGUAGUUGCCAGUUUAUACAAGCUAACAGUUUUAAACCUGAAUAACAACAAACUGACAUCGCUUCCACCUGAAAUAUACAAAAUGUCGAAUCUUAGACAUCUCAGCGUAGACAACAAUCAACUGAAAACACUUCCUGUUGAACUGUGUGCAUUAAGUUACCUGGAGGAACUACACCUUGCCGGGAAUGAGCUUGUGUCAUUACCGCUAGAGUUUGGUUUUCUCACACGACUCGUCAAACUGCAUGUGCAGAAAAACAAAAUCAGGGAACUACCGGAGAGCUUGACAAAAUGCUACAAUCUGAGAUAUCUUGACAUUGCAGCUAAUGAGCUGAGGAUUUUUCCAACUGAGAUGGAUACUUUAUCACUAAAGGAAAUGUACUGUGAACAGAACCCGCUCCUGGAAUAUAAACCUGUACAUUCUGUGCAAGAAGAGGAAGUUUUGUCUUUGAAGGAACUGUGUGCAAGAUAUGUGUUGAAAGAGAUGAAAGACAGAUUUUCCUACCUGCAGCAUAAGAUCCGCCAUUUCCCGGAGAUCAAGGAAAUGCUGCAGCAGUCGAGCAGGUGUGCUGUGUGUGGAGAGUCGUUUCUCAACACCUGGCUCGAGUGUGUCAGGUUUCUGGACUCAAAGAAGAGUUUAAAAGUUGGAAAUUUCCUGGGAACUCUUCCAGUCCGAGCCCUGCUCUGCUCAUACACCUGCUUCAACGCGGGAGGCCAUGAUUAUUACGGAGUUGCCUUUCCCUAGCACUUUUCUCUCACCAUGCAGGGGUAGCCAUUACAAAAUAACACUGGUGUUUUGGGUUAAAGGAAGUGAUCAUCCCAGCAGUGGAGUACAUCCAGUAUAUAUCACAGAUGUGGGUCGAGAUUGGUCAAUACCAAGAUUAUCAACAUCUCAAAAUGGGUCUCGAGUACCCAUACAAGGUGGAAUACAAUGAUCAACUGGAAUACAGUGGACAACGUACAACAAUAAUUUCAGCAGUAAAUUAUCAACGAUAUAAGUUACACAAUAAUUAUAUGAUCGUGCACUUGUUUCUCUUUUUAAACUGGCUUUCUGUCCAUCACAACACUGAACAACCUGUUUCUAAAUGCAAUACAAUAGCAUGAUUUGACAUCCAUAUUCAGUGCUGGAAUUAAGAUGCAUAACGCUAUUUUACUUUAUUCCUUAAUCUCAUCAUCUAGUGUAAAUGUCUGGUACUCGGUCCGGGUCGUGUUUGACCCUCGAGUACUCGAGUCCAAUAUGUUGGACUCGUGGAGGCCCUAUAACCUCUUUAUUUCUGUUUAACCCAAAAGUGUGAACCUCAUUUUAUUGGAAGAUCUGGUUGGGACACGCAAAAUGAAUCAUCAUAUCUCAGACAUUUUGCGGGGAUAAUUAUACGAAAUUGGAUUAGGCACGGCGGACUUGUGGAGGCCUUACUGGAAUGAAGAAAGGAAAGGAAGGCAAUAUGAGUUUAGGGACAACUCAGCAUUUUGGGAAAACUGGAUAUUUGGUGUCUAACAUAUAUGGUUAUACGUGUAUAUGGUUAUUGUGACACAUUGAUUGAGAGAGGAAACCCAACACUGACACACAGGCUACCCCCAGACCUGGUCCAUCAAAGGCAAUCACUCCUACAACCAAAUCACACCCCUGGCGAGCGCUCUGCCACUGAGCUACAUCUCUCUCCAGGAGUGAAGAAGAUGCAUAACAAUUACUAGUAUUUAAGCUGAUUGCAAAAUACUGUUAUCAGUUGGGUGAGUGUCCAGUAAACGUUUCAGUUAAGAAAGUGAACUUCUUGGGUGAAUUUAUUUUGAAACCAAAUUAAUAUUUGACAAACAAGAACUUUAGUCUUAUCUGUCAACAAGUGGAGUUAGGAAAAAACCAAUACACUGAAAACAAAUAUUGCUAGUUUGAUGUGAUAGAACACAAAAGUUGGUUUCAAGACAUUGAUCAUUAACAAUAAUAAGAACUGAUGGCAAAGUUCAGAUCUUUUUUGAUGUCCAUUUGAUAUCAAGGAUGCAUUUAACGGGAAGGGGAUGGGGUACCCUGCUCAGGUCACCAUUUUGGGGGUGAACUGCACUUUACCAAUAUUGUCCAUUGCUCAUAUUUAAUAUGAAUAUUUCAGCUUAAAUACAGGAUUUGGGAAAUGGGGAGUUAUAGGCCUCCCCAUGCUUAUAAAACUGUCGAGAUAAGACUUGCUUAAAUCUGUGGCGACUUGCUAGUCUUGAAUCACGUUUUAUGAACACAGACUCCGACCCCCCCCCCCCCCCCCCCCUCCCCCCCCUUCCAGUGUUUUUGCCAGAAAGAAAAUGUUGGGUAUGGGACCAUGGAACUGAAUGCAACCACAGUCAACAGGGGGUAUGGGAGGUGUCCCCCAGAAAGAAAAUGGGUUACAUUUAGUGGUUAGGGUUAAGAAAAUCAUGCAGUAAUGACAAGAGUAAUUAAUUUUGUCCAAAGGUUUACUCUAAAAAGAAAUCUGCAAAAACAUUUGGGUAUGGCACCAUACCCAUUUUACCCUCUGGCAGAAACCCUGCCUUCAUAAAAUUUUGUAUCUAGACUGUUAUGUGCUAAAAUAAUCGGUCAAUAGUAGUGUUAUGUUGAUGGAUGGCGAUAGCAGCAUUAUUCAUGGGACUGUCCUAAAUAAGCAAAAUUAAUGUUUUCAGCAAUGUUGGCUGCCGUGUAAUGUUACAUUUUGUGCAAUUAUAGGUACAUUAUAUUUUAACAAGUUGUUUGUAUAGUGUUUAUAUCCAAUGUGAUAGAUAUAUAGAUAUAUAUUGAUGUAAUCAAAUCUACAUGUAUUGAGGCAUUGCCUCUUUUGUUACAAAAACUGUGAUAUUUUAUGUUGUAUGUUUAUUAAAAAGAAACCAAAAGGUUUUGUGAUCAGCCGAAUUAAAAUCAUCAAUAAAA